AUGGCCACGGGCGGGCCCUACACGGCGUGCAUGUCCGGAACGCCUGAGACGUCCGGCACCGCGCCCACGGCGCCUGACCUGGGGUCAAGGCAGCUGGCACUGGCAAUCGCAAACCCCAGGCUCACGGAGCAGAUGGCUUCUGUUGUCUUCAGAAAGGCGGACGCCAACAGGGACGGGCGCCUGAGCUACGAGGAGCUGCUGCGGCUGCUGCCCCAGCUGUACCAGGAGCUUGGGCUUCCCCUGGUCGACGAUGAGCCGUCCCAGAUGAAGCUCGUUUGGAACCGCAUGCGGCGCUUCGACCGCAGCAGCGACGGGUUUCUGGAGCUCUCAGAGUUCCUGCAGCUCUACAGGUGGACGCUGCACCGAAAGUACGAAGAUCUGAAGCCGCCGCACUUCACGCGCAGCGAGAUGCUGAAGUCUGCAAGGCCUGGGGUCCCGGCGCAGUUCUAUGCCAUCAACGACCUCUUAGGUACUGGCAGCUUCGGUAUUGUGCACGGCGUGACCGAAAAGACCACGGGCCUGCAGCGAGUGAUGAAGACGGUGAACAAGAUGAAGCUGGAGGCGAGUGGUUCGCCGCUGGCCUGCCUGGAUGAAGAGAUCAAGGUCUUGGCCUUGUUGGAUCAUCCCCGGGUGCUGCGUUUCUUUGAGUGGUUUGCGGACAGCGAGAACAUCUACAUGAUCACCGAUAUGUGCUGGGGAGGUGAGCUGGAAGAGGUCAUCCAGGACGCGUUCUUGCAGCGGCAGCUUCUUCCUCAGCUGUGGGUCCGUCGCAUUUUCCACCAGGCGACAGAUGCCAUCGGCUACUGCCACAGCAAGGGCGUUAUGCAUAAGGACCUGAAGUUCCAGAACAUUUUGCUGCAGAACAAGCUCACGGAGAAGUCUCGCGCCCAAGACAUCAACAUUGUCAUUAUCGACGUGGGCCUUGCCGAGCUCUUCGGCCCCCGGCACGGGAAGCCCUGCCGCUGCCGCCAGCGCUCUGGCUCGCUGCCCACCAUGGCGCCGGAGGUCCUGGCAGGGGACUUCUCCUACAAGUGCGACAUUUGGAGCCUGGGGUGCAUGCUCUAUGCGGCCUUCAACAAGAACCCAAUACAGACUCCAGGGCAGGCCGCAAUGUACCCCUACCCCUUCUGCACUGGCAAGCCGGGUCGGGGAGAUCCCCUGGGGAUGGGCAACCUGCUGCGAGAGCAGAAGAAGGGCCCUAAUAUGAAGUAUCUGGAUGCCAACCUGGGUGUGCACGACCUGGUGCGGCGCAUGCUGAGCUUUGAAGAAAGUAAGCGGCCGAGUGCGGAGGAGUGUUUUCAUUCCACCUGGUUGUCCUGCGCACCGGGAUCAAUGCGAGAGGAAGAGCAAGAGCUGGCGAAAGAGGAGACGAUUGCCGCCAUCCUGGCACCAGCAUCUGGGAAGCAGGAGCACCGGACCUGGUGGCAGGCCGCCACCACGGAGGCCGCUUGCCAGCUGCCGGGGAGUUUGCUGGAGCCGCUCGCCCGCCGCUUCAAGGCGCAGCUUCGCAACGCAUCUGGCGCCAUUGAGAAGCAGGCGCUGGUGGACAUGCUGGUCAAGAUGAAGGUGCCGGCGGACAAAGCAGAGCGGGCAGCGUGUGCGGCAGACUUCAGUGGAGACGGGCUCAUCGAGUUCUCCGAGUUUGUGGCGGUUUGCCUGCCCGCGGCGCGGGAGCUGUUUGCGAUCUCGCUGCAGACGGCGUUCCACCAUUUCGACACCAACUCGAAUGGGAACCUGGACUGCAAGGAGGUGGAGCAGCUGCUGGUGAGCGGGAAGAUUGAGGAGGGCCACCUUCCCCGAUCCAAGACCAUUCAGGCGAUGGUAGAGGAGCUAGACGCUAACCACAACGGCCUCAUUUCCUUUCCCGAGUUUCAGCAGUACUUCAUGACAGUUGACAACGACAUGGACGGCGCAUCGCUUGAUCGGCGUUAA